AUGGAAAACGACGUGGAUCUGGAUGUAGAUAAGCGAGAGGAGGUAUUUCAUAAUGCUGUCCGAGAAUACAUUAUAUUCAUGCUUCUCUUCAUCCUACUGUAUGUGAGCUCCUACAUUACAAUCUGCUAUUUCAAAAGAAAAGCGGACUCUGAUGACACCUACGCAGGUGGAGAAGAAGAUGCUGUCGUAUACAGAAUAGCGUUAUGGCUGUGUACAUUCACCCUCUCUGUGUCAGUUGGUGCUGUUCUACUGCUGCCCAUAUCCAUUAUAUCAAAUGAAGUGCUGCACCAUUAUCCGAAAAGUUAUUAUGUCAAGUGGCUCAACAGCUCCCUUAUUCAUGGAUUGUGGAAUAUGCAGUUUGCUAUGUCCAAUGUUUCACUGUUUUUCUUCAUGCCAUUUGCUUAUUUUUUCACGGAAUCAGAAGGUUUUGUAGGAUGCAAGAAGGGUGUGAAGGCGCGUGUUUACGAGUCUAUCAUCGUCCUCUUCCUUCUCAUACUUGUUGUUGUGGGAUGUGUGUGGGUAGUUUCUGCCCUGUUUGACGAUGACAUCCACAAAAAACAAAGAUUAUUUGAUCUUCUGUCAGAUGUUUGGAACUUCUAUUUGCCAUAUCUAUACGCAAUCAUAUCAUUUAUUGGCGUCAUUGUCUUACUUUUAUGUACACCUGUGGGAUUUGCCCGGAUGUUUACUGUGAUGGGUAAACUUGUAGUUAAACCAAAGUUCUUAAGAGAUAUAGAUGAAGAGUUUGCCACUUUGAAAAUGCAAGAAGAAAGCAUACGUAGAAAAAUUGAAUGUAAGUGUCUUCAUUGCAUAAUAUGUGUAAGGAAUGAAAUGAAACACCAACAUAGUACUAUAGCAAACGGCCACACUACACAAGACUCCCUUAAUAAACAGCUGGAGGAAAUUGAAAAAGAUAAAGCUGAGUUAGAAAAAAGGAAAAAAAUAUCUCCUCUCAGAAGGAACCUAGGAUAUCCACUGGUCAUUCUGGCUUUGUUAGCAUUAACAGUAUUGUGUGUGUUAAGUGUGGCACAUCAUUUCUUUGAACUCCUGGUGGGAAUCAAAGCUCUUCCUGUUGGAGCCAAGGAGACGGUAUUAGGAAUCUCGUCCUUAUCUGCUCUAGGGUCUGUUGGUGCUGUUCUGGAGAUAGUCCUAAUCCUAUAUGUUAUGUUUGCAUCUAUAGAGGGAUUCUACUCUCUGCCAUUCUUCCGGAGACUUACACCUGUGUCACAUGAUACGUCCAUGGUUCAGAUAAUUGGCAAUUGUGUUGUGCUGUUGAUCCUGAGCUCAGCAUUGCCAGUUCUGUCUCGGAUCAUGGGUAUAACAAAUUUUGACCUGAUUGGAAACUUUGGCAGUAUGGACUGGUUGGGUAAUUUCUACCUUAUUCUCACCUGCAAUGCUGUCUUUGCCACUACAACGACCAUGUGCUUGACCAACAAGUUUACUGGCACAGUGAGAUCAGAGGUGUUUAACCGACUGUGGACCUGGGUGUCUCAGAAGGAAAAGAAAACCAAACCCCAAAGCUACACAUCCGUCAAGGAAGAUUAG